AUGAAGGCGAUUGCACGCAGCUACUUUUGGUGGCCAGGAUUAGACAAAGAAAUUGAACUGAAAGCCAGAAUGUGCGAGGAAUGUUGUCAACAGAGUAAACAUCCACCAGCAGCUGAUGCAAAAUCGUGGCCAUUAACUUUAAAACCAUGGUCCCGAAUACACAUCGACUAUGCCGGUCCAUUUAUUGGCACAAAUUUUUUAAUCGUAGUCGAUUCACACAGCAAGUGGUUAGAGGUUAAGGCAACAGCUGAUACCACAUCGACAAAAACAAUAGAAUUAUUGAGAGACAUAUUUGCUUCUCAUGGAUUACCCGACAUAGUAGUGACCGAUAAUGGACGAAACUUCAAGUCGAGCGAGUUUGAAACUUUCCUCAAGGAAAAUGGAAUUCGCCAUUUUUGCACUGCGCCGUAUCAUCCAUCUUCAAACGGACAGGCGGAGAGAUUCGUACAAUCCGUAAAAUCGCAUUUGAAGAAACUGCCUCCAACAAAUAUAGCAAAAAAUUUGGCAAAUAUACUUCUACGCUUACGUACUACUCCAAACCCAAUCUCAAAUAUAUCCCCGGCUGAAAUUUUGAUGGGUAGGGAAAUUAAGACGUUGUUAGAUAUCAUAUAUCCUGCUACAGAGGAAAAUAGGAAGAAAGGUACAGAGGAUGAAAGUUCUGGAAAGACCAGACCCGUCAGAAGCUUUGAAAUUGGUGACACCGUAUGCUACCGGAAUUUCGGGAAAGGUGAGAAAUGGCUACCGGGUGUUGUUCAGUCAACAGGCGAUCGAAAUUAUGAAAUAACAACCGGACAUGAUUUCCAUUCAAGACACAUUGACCAGCUGCGUUCCAGGGUACCACUAAUACCAACACAGAUUCCUGAGGAUAAUACAGUUUCGAUAAAUGCAGCGCCAGCUCCACCAGAACAUCAAACAUCUCCACAAAAUUCUAACGAAGAAAUUAUUCCUAAUACGGCAACAGUGGAAGUCAGUCAACCCACAUCAUUAACGGUAGGAACACCUGGGCGCCCACAACGGCAACGAAGGGCUCCACAAAGAUAUGGUGACUACUUGAUGGGGGAGGAACCUGUUACAUACUAA